AUAAAACCAAACCCUACUCUUUUAUAUAAGAUUGUCCAGUUCCAUUUUUUGGUUUGCCAUAACCCUUGAGAAGUAGAGUCUGAGUUUGGUAAAAAGGGAAGUGAUAAACUCUUAUGAGUGUAUAUAAGAUUCACUUCAUAAGCAUUCUCCACUCUCAGUACUGCUUCACUGAAUGUGACUCUCAUCAUGCAUCUGCUGCAAAACAUCCUGUUUCUGCUCAGCAUCAGUCUUGUUCAGAGCCGUGCCAUAAAGGCAUUGGAUAAUAAGCUCUCUGGGGAGAAUGAUAACAGUGUUGAUGCAGAUUAUUUCUCUGUAUCUGCCAUAAUUGAAAGAGCCAACAAAAAUGUCGGAAAGCUGAAGGGUGGUUUGAUCAUUACACAUGGUGACAUAGUGGUGUACCCUGGGCUCCAGAAUGCAGAUCCAUGUACUUCUUGCCAGUGCAAGUGGCCCAGUGGCAGGGAUGGGAAGGUUAAAGUGCCCUACUUCAUUUCCAGUCAGUAUGCACCCUCUGAAAGAUUUGUUAUUUAUCGUGCUCUGAAAUCCUUUCAAAAGUCAACCUGUGUCCAGUUCGUACCUCGCACCAUUGAAAGAGACUUCAUACAUAUAGUCUCACACAAGGGGUGCUACUCUUCAGUGGGUCGUAGGGGUGGAAGCCAGAUUCUUUCCAUAGACCGCACUGGCUGUGUUUACCAUAAGACCAUCCAACAUGAGCUUCUGCAUGCUCUGGGCUUUCAUCAUGAGCAGACUCGUAGUGACCGUGAUGAUCAUGUCAGAAUCCUCUACGAAAAUGUUAUUCCUGGAGAAGAACGCAAUUUUGAGAAAUUCGACACCAACAAUCUGAACACUCCAUAUGAUUACAAUUCUGUCAUGCACUAUUCAAGGUAUGCUUUCUCCAAGAACGAGCUACCAACCAUUGUCCCUAUACCAGACAAUGACGUUCCCAUUGGAAAUGCAACUGAAAUGAGUGACAAUGACAUUCUACGUGUUAACAGACUCUAUUGCAGUGAAUGAGUCUCUUACCAUCACCAGUGUAUUUCAAAUUCUUUUCCAAACUGCUUGCAAAAAAGUUGACAUUUAUAAAGCUUCUGAUUUAUUCUGUUAUAACGUUUCUCAAAUUUAACAAAUUGAAAUUUGCUUUGAUUUUUCACCUGCAGUCAAAUAAUAAAAAAAUGAUAUAA